AUGGAACACUUCUACCAUUUUCAACUGUGCCUUGUCUUCUUCAUAGCUCUUGGAAUGUUUCUGUCUCGUGCUCCAUUUGGGAAGAGCUACUCGGAUGCUUCUAGUGAUAUAAGAGGAAUUGGAAACGAAAAUCGUACCGCCCUUUCGAGGAAGCUUCUAGUGAGGGGAACAUUUUCAGAUACUAGUGACGGGAGCAACAGGAUCGGACAAGAUUGCUCGAAAGACGAUAUUGUCGUCUUUCAAGGCUCGACAACUCCACUUCCAAACGGAGUUCCUGCAUAUACAGUUGAGAUUGUCAACUCAUGUGUCUCUGAUUGCAGUAUCGCAGAGAUUCAUGUCAGUUGCGGCUGGUUCAGUUCUGUCAGACUGGUUAAUCCUAGAGUUUUCAGGCGAGUUAGCUACGAUGAUUGUCUAGUCAACGACGGUGAACCUCUUGGUCCUGGACAGACUCUCUCUUUUCAAUAUGCUAAUAGCUUCUCUUACCCUCUCUCUGUUUCUUCAGUCUCUUGCUUCUGA